UUAAAAAUGAGCCAAUUCAAAUUUGUUAAUUCAAAUCGUGAAAAAGCUGUCAUCAUUUUCCAAAAUUAUUUUUAUACGGAACGAAAAACAUUAAAAAGUUGUGAAAUUAUAUUUAUGUGUCAAAAAAAAAACUGUUAUGCCUCAAUAAAAAUUGAUGAACAUCGAAGAACGGUGUUAGAAAUACGUGGAGAACAUACGCAUAUCAAAUUAACGGAUUCGGAGAUAGAAAAUCACGAAAUUAAAAACACUAUAAAAAGAAAAGCUACAGAAGAAAUAUCAAUGAGGCCUAACAAAAUUAUACGGAAAGUAAUAUCUGACACUGAUCAUGUAACGGUCAAUGAUAUUUCCAAUUAUAGACAAAAUAUUUAUGGAAAACGUAGGGAAGUUUUACCGGUGUUGCCGAAAUCCUAUGAUGAAGCUAUUUCACAAUUAAUGUCUUCCCAAGAAACACUUGUAAAGUUGUAACUUUCAAAAAAGAAAAAUUUCUUUUUAUAAAUAACAAUAAAAUUGUGUUAUUAACAUUYGAAACAAAUUUGAAAACUUUAUGUGAAAAUUCCGUACACAUUCUGGCAGACGAGACGGGACCUUUAGAUAUUGUCCAAAAUAUUUUUAUCAAUUGUAC